GAUAAGACACCAUAGAAAGAUUGACACGAAGGAAUUUGAGAAAGCGCAUCCCGAAUACUGAGUCGGUAUUUCCUCCUUCAUUUAUCGGCAUUUUCUAAGAGUUGGGGAGCAAUCUGUGGUAAAAGAAAGGUUUUUAAAAUGCCAAGCAAGAAGAAGAAGUACAACGCAAGAUUUCCACCUGCACGAAUCAAGAAAAUUAUGCAGAAAGAUGAAGAUGUUGGAAAAGUGGCAGCUCCUGUGCCUGUGCUUAUAUCCAAAGCCUUGGAGAUCUUUGUCGAAGGUCUUAUAACAAAAGCAUCGCAGGAAACCCUCUCAAGGAAUGCAAAGACUCUUACCACGUCUCACAUAAAGCAAUGCAUUGAGCAAGAAAACAAGUUUGACUUCUUGAAGGAUCUGGUGGAAAAUGUACCCACCAUUUCAUGCGAAGAUGACGACUCAAACAGUGGAUCAAUACAAUCUGAUAAGCUUCCAAAUUCAAGAAGAAGAAAGGGUAUAAGAAGGGAUGCCUCGGCUCAAAGCAGUGUCCAGUCGGUAGAUGAGCCAUCAUCAGAUGAGGAUUCUUUUGAAUCUGACGAAUCAGAGAGUAAAGACGAGAGGCAAAGACAUCCGGCAGAGACCAGUAAUGCCUCAGCAGCUAAUUCAUCAUCAUCAUCAUCACAUCCACCAUUUCACACAGUACCCCAAUCCUACCAUAAUAGCUUUCCUUAUCCAGGGCAGCUUGCAUCAGGCGCCAUGUACCCUUCCGCAAUGCCUCCACCCACGAUGCCUCCGCCGCCUCUACUACCUCCUCAACACGGCGCCCUCUCUGGCAAUACACCGGCCAUGGGGGCGUACCUCGCACCCCAGCCGCAGGCCUCACGGAACAAUGACAAUGAUGAGGAUAGCGAUGAAGACUAUGACGCGUAGUAGCUUUUAUAAUAUAGUAUUUGAAGAAAUGUGAAAAACAUUGUGUGAAACAUUAAAAGAAGCACUUUGCCAGGAUGCCUUAAAGAUUGGUUAAGGGAAUGGAUCGUAAGGAUGAAAAGAGAUGGAGACGUUGCUUUGUAAAAAACAAGCCAGGAUGACAUUCAUCAGUGAGAUGCCACUUCUUUUCUACCUGCAGAGUUGACCCAUCCUGAAGGAGACAUUUGCUUGUAUUAACAAGUCAGGAUGACAUUCAUCAGAGAGAUGCAACUUCUUUUCUACCUGCACACUUGGCCCAGCCGUCUUACAAAGAGUUACGAUUGAUCCAAUCAAUCUCAAGUGUAUGGAAAUCCAUCAAUGUCAUAAUUUUUUCUUUAGGAAAUUUGCUCAAUGUCCUUUGGAAACAAAGAGAAGCAUACUGCAUUGUCAAGAAAACGGUGAAUGUAUGAAUAUACAUCAUUUCUAUAAAAUAUUUUGAGCAAACAUGUAUUUUAGAUGUUGACGUUGCUGGCUUUCCAUAGUUAUGAUUGAUAGGAUCAAUCGUAACUCUUUGUUAGACGGGGCCCAGGAUGACGUUCAUCAGGGAGAUGCAAUUUUUUCUACCUACUGAUUUUGACCAGUUUGAUGAGAAAUACUUAUUGAGUGCUUUAGAGAUAAUCUACUUCUGUGAAGAGAAAUGCUUAAUUGAGUGCAUUUCAGAUGAUGUAUUUCUAGAUCUUGGACUCCGAUUGAGAGAUGGAACUUCUUUCUACCGUUAGUCUUGACCCAGCUUGAAGAGAAAUACAUGAUAGCCCAUAUUCUGGAAUUGCUUUGAUUUAGACUCUGGUCUAAUGUUGUGGCUAACAGGCCAAGGUCAACGCUGCUGCAUAUUUUGCAUUGCGUAAUGCAGGUGAAGCUGCCGCGGGUGCUCCUCAUGUCUAUAAAUUAAUAUAGGAGAUAUCCGUUUUGUGAAUCAAAUUGAUGAAAGAAAUGUCAGGUUAUACAUUUUUUUUUAUUAUGAAAUAUGUGAAUUCGUACGCAUUUGCUACUCACGAAUCCCAUUUUUUUUCUCCGUUUUUUGUCUCGCCCACCAGAGGUGAAGGAGAGACUAAGGGAUCCAAAUGUUGUCCGUCCAUCACAAACAUUAUGACAUAUAACUCCACAACCAUGAGUCACUUUUCAACCAAACUUGGAUGGUAGAUGUACUUAGGAGACCUGCAUGUACUUGUAAUGCUGCAGUUGGAGGUCACAUGGUAUGGUCAAAGGUCAUUGUCAGGUCAACAUUAAAGUUUAUGUGCAAGGCUUUCUUAUGACACAGAACUCCACAACCAUAAGUCACUUUUCAACCAAACUUGGAUGGUAGAUGUACUUCGGGGACCUGCAUGUUGUGCUGCAGUCGGAGGUCACAUGGUAAAGUCAAAGCUCAUUUUGAGGUCAACAUUAAAGUUAAUGUGCAAGACUCUUAUGACAAAUGUUAUUCCAUCCCAGUAAUUUACAAUGAACUUUUGAUACAAUUCUGUUACGUGCCCUUGCAAAUCACAAUAUUUCUGGGUACUUUCACAAGUGGGCGAGACACAACAUCGCUUUUUUUAAUAUGCCUUGUUAUGAGUUUUAUUAUGACUAUUGUGUAGCUCCAAGGAGCAGGUCCAAGCUAUUAUAUCCGUGCUGACAGUUCAAAGUACAUGUAUCUGAAUUUUCUGUUUCAUUAUUGGAUGCAUACCAUUUAGAACAUGGUUACUAGGAGUAAACAUAUUCAUUUGUUAAUAAGUUUGGAAAUAAUUUGCAAGUACUAUGAGGCUCAGAAUUAAGAUGGUGUGGUAAUUAGGUUUGGUAGAUAGAUGUAGAGUUCACUUAUUUUGCAACUUUCUUGUGAUGAGGUUAGUAUUUGUGUUUGUUUUAUUGGAAUGAUUUACCACUUAUAAUUAGGCAGUCUCCAUUACUAGAAACCGUUCCUACAAAGCAGAAAAGCAUUGGAAACCCAUCUUUUUUGUAGUAUGUAGUUCUAAGAUUAAAAAUUCCAUUCAAUGGAUUCAUUGUUAGGGCCUUGGGCAUAAUGGGAAAAGCAUAGUAUUAUAUUUUGUGUUGACUAUUCUGCAAAAGUGGAUCCAAAGGUUUUCCAGAGUUUUCACCUAUUGUUUUUAUGAUUAAUCUCUGGUUUUUUACCCUGGAUCUACUUGUCGUAGAAUUUUUAACACCCCCCCCACCCCUGGAAUUCUUUCCACAAUACCUAAAUUCAUAUUAUUGUAAAGUCUCAUUAUCACUCAUUGCAAUGAAGUGGCAUCUCUUUUGUGUGUGUAAUUAUGGAAUGUGCAGUCACCCUGAAUAUAGGGCAAAGUCGAAAGUGAAAUUUGCAAACUGUUUUCUAAUCAGGUUCUAAAUUUCUUGUAAACAUGCUAUGUGUUUUGUAAGCACCCAUUUCAUUAAGGGUUUUGUUUUAAGUGAAAUUCUUGAAUGUUCAACAAACAAUGAAACCAACGUCUCAAUCUUGUUUUUACAGCAAACAACAAAUUGUUUAAUCUGGCACCCAAUCUAUCCUUCAUUUUGUUUUUGCAUUGCUUCUGCAUAUUUACCAGGACUGCACAUUUCAUGAUUGCAUAAACAUAACAAUCUUUUUAACUGUAAAAUUUGACUUGUAGAAUUUAUUUUUUUAGGGUUCAUUUGCAAUCAAAGAGCUAUUAAAUUUCUAAAUUAGUGAUAUGUCAUACCCCUGAUGCUGUAGUCCAUUUCUUCAAAUAUCAAGGAAUCAUUUGAAAUUUUAGAAAUUAGGUCUGUAAUAUAUUCUUAGGCUGGCAAGGCAGAUGGACAAAUUUUAUUAUGUCAAGAAUCCAUCUGAUUUCUUUUUUCCAUAAUUACAAUAAUAUAUGAUGCCAGUUGUGUGUUUCUCUUCUUAAGAAAAUCAACCAAUUGUAUAGGCUUAGUACAUGUAUUAGAAAGUGAUAGUAUAUUGUGAGAUUGUUUUAGAAUUUUGAACAGUUUAUGGCACUCAGCAAAUUUCCGGAAGGUGUUUCACAAUCAGAUGAAUCUGACGUCAAUUAAUGUUCAAGUAUUAACAAUAACAUGCACAUGAUAUUAUUGUGCAGUCCCAUUGAUUCAUAUGGCAUAUGCAGUAGAGUAUGUCUUCUGUGCGCGAUCCAACCAAUUUUUAGUCACAGUUAAAUCUUUGUGAAACACCCCUCUGAUUUGUUACAAGCCAUCCCAAAACCAGCAUUUAGUUGCCAGGAUCUCUUUAAAUAGCUAAUUUUAAAAUGAUAAAAUUAGUUUAUCUAAAAGAGUAUCUUUUCUUCUCAAUACUGUCAAAAUUUGAAGUUGUAAAAUUCAAUAAAAGACGAGGUACAGGAGUUUCAUUACACCCUUAUUUCGGACUUCUUGGAAGUUUCAUGGAGAUUGCUCAGAGUGCACAUCUCUUGCUUGAGUGACCCCUGAACUUCAAACCUUGUUUUCUCCUAAUGUUUUGAAGCGCUCAUUGAAUUUCUUCUACCUUCUAUCAAGUACUUUUAAUGGUUACUGUUGUUCCAUUUCGACAAGUUCAGGUUUUGACAAUCAUUUGUAAGCUUAGCAUGUGCUUUUUCAAGCUCAAUGAAAUUUCCAAAACUCAUUUGAGCGACUUAUUGAUGGUUUUGGCAUGGCAUAUCACAUCUCUCUCUCACGUCACAUGUAAUAUCAGAUAGCUUGGACCUGCUCUAUAGUGUACGAUAGUGUACGAUUGUCUGUAUUAUAUGAUUGCUUUGUAUUCAUGAUUUUUUUUUCUUUCUUGGAGAAAAUGUAAGGCCAGCAGCUGAGAAGAUUCAUUCAGGUUACAGGACCAUAGCAGUUGACCUCAAUCGAUUGAUGGUGGUAGGCUCUGAACCUCACAAACAUGGCUUCCUGUCUGGUUUAAGCUGGGAUCUUCCUGCCAGAAUCACACAAUUUGUGACAUCACUACCAAGAGAUCUAUUUUUCAGUGUACAGAGAAGGGCACUGGACACUUGUGCAUGAUAUACAACUCACCACAAUGUAAGUGCUUUAUUAAUGAUUUCAAUGAUAUUUUGUGUAGCCUAGAGUAUGUGAGGCAAUGCAAUCGGUUUUCCAGUAUGCUGAGGGCAAUAACUAGUGUGGAAACAGUGGGCAGAAAUUUCCCUACCAUCAGGAUUUUUAUCCAUAUUUUACUUUAAUUGCAAUUUUUAAAUUUGUGAAAUUUUAAUCAGUUGAUUGUAGUCUUUAGUAUAUACCUCCCUGUACUAAUCUGUUCCAGCUGUUGCUUUAAAUUCAUCUGUUUCACAUCAUUGCAACAUGUUAUUUGUCAUGACUGAUAUUAUAAUGUGCUAAGAAGAUAAAAAUAUUCUUUUACAAGGAAAUUCAGAUAUGUUUACAGACUUUGAUCCCAUUAAUUUGUUUAAUUACAGAACCACUACAGAGCAGUGUGAAUUAUUUUGCAAUAUAUUUAUUCCCUUUUCUGUACAUGUUAAUUUUUUGGACAUCACUUUACGUGGUCAUUUCACUAUGAACCUACAUUAACCUCAUGUUUAUGCUAAUGCCGAUGGCACCACCAGAAACAAAAGGUUUGCGCGAGUGCCGAGUUUGUAUCCAUCAUGUAAUCAUAGAAUGUGAAGAGAUAAUGUGGACUGCACGAAUGUUUAGAUAUGUGAUGAUCAAGGUAGAUUCUCAAUAUAGGUUUGUCUGCCCAAAUCUUCAAUUUCGGAUAUAAAAUUUUCACCCAUUUUUGUGAGGGUUGUAUGCUUCAAUGAUUCUCCCACAAUGUGUAAAAAAAAUAUGCUCCUUAAAUCACAGCAAUACAUGUCUAGAAUCUAGUUUCAGAAGUGCAAUGUUGAAUUUUGAUUUCUAGAGCCUUGCCAGUGUAGUGUUUCAAGUUGAACCUUAUCACCUUAUUUGUAAUGGGGAUUUGCAUGUUCUUCAAAUUUCAUUGGAGCGAUUUAGCCAAGAUGGCUGUAGGCCUUGUUGGCAUUAAGAUUGAUCAAAAACUGGUUUGCACUCCAAGUUGACGCAGAUAACCAUUUGUGCCUACACAAAGAAUUGAAGAGAGCAACUGUUGACUUACGUUAGAAGUGUCUUCCAGAAAUCUGUUUCAUGUGCAGCGUGACAUCUUUGUAUUUGGCAUUUGGAAAUCUGGUGUGUUAAUCUUCAAGUACUGUCUGACAAUGCUGUUCUUUUCAGCUUACGCAUGAUAUCCAGAGCUCUUCAAGAUCUCAUGAAAGUCACACAUGUAUGGGACAUUCAAAUGCUGAUAUUUUUGUGAGUGUUGGCCUCUUUGUGGCAGGGUUCCCAGCCCAUCAGGGAAAUCAAGGAAAAUUGUUUUACUUUUUUCCAGUCAGGGAAAAAUCAGGGAAUUUGAAAAAAAAUACCUAAAAUCAGGUAAAAAUGCCUCAAAUGAGGGGAAAAUCAGGGAAUUUGAUUAGCCCAAAAGUUGAAAGCACGGUAGUCAGUCAGACUGUUAUAUUUUUCUUGCAUAUCAAAACAACAUCCAUUGAAUGACUGGUUAUGGUGCUACUAAUUAGUUUUACACUAUUGUUUUCAUACUGAAAAUACAUGUAAUUCACUGCAACAACUUAGAAAACAUGCAAAACUAGGAAUUGGUUUAAAUAAUGAUCAGGGAAUUUUUUAACUCCAUCAGGGAAAAAUCAGGGAUUUUUUUUUUCUUGAAAAGCUGGGAACCCCGUUGUGGUGGCAUUAGAGGAAUCCUCAGUGGAUCUAGUUCCAGAUGAUCAUGUUUGUUCUUUUUUCAUCCAUUAGUGAUGUUUCCCCGUGUUUAUUGGAUUUUGCCAGAUUUAUUUGACUCUGAUGAAAUGAAAGGAACUGUGAAGUCUUGGUUUCAUAAGUUCAGUCAAUAAAGAAUAUUCUGUGCUCUUCUCACAUGCUGAUAUUGUCACCAAAAGGGAAGCUACAUACAUUUUCUGGCUUAGUCUGCUAGUGUAAAGCCUCAUUUUGAAUUAUAAAAGGCAGAUCAUUUAGCCUUUGUCAACAUUGCUUUUCUGUGUCCAGGAGGAAACCCUUUUUAUUGGGAAGGAUUUAGGAUAGAUUUCCCAUGUAGAGGGAAGUUCACCAAGUUCAGGUAUUCAGAAAUGUUGUCCCUGAAAGUGAAGAGAAACUUUGGUUUACUGUGUUAAAGGUAUAUGUGCUUAGCAUUGCCACUUGUAUAUUCACUUCCUAAUAUCGUUACUGUAUCCCCUUCUUGCUCAUCAAUCCCAAAGAAACAUACAAAACAACAAUUUUCCAUCAACAAUUAGGGAGUAGCCUGCCAGAAAGACCGAGCCGGCUUUUAUUACCAAUGUUCUCUUGCCACAUUGUUACAAUUUCAGAUUAGCAACAAAUAUUAUAAUCAUUUGAAAACUUGAGACAAUCAAAAUUAUCUAAUAACCCGAUCAAAAUAUCAACUGAUAUUAUUUUUCAUAUCUAGAACAAGAUAAAUUUUUAUCUGUACUGUAAACGAUAUGGAACUCUUUCCUUAAGUUCCAUACCCAGACCAAUUUCCUUAGGGUGAAAAAACCAGAGAUAAACUGUAUAAGGAAAAACCUAAUGGAAAAUCGCCUUAAAAGAAUUCAGGUCAAAAAAUGAGCUGAAUUUAUUUAUGAACAACAAUUCUAACCGUUCUAAUUUUUUUUAAUUUUAAAUAUUUAGGUGUUGUAAAAAGAUCUGACAAAGCUAGAAUGGCUACCACGCCUUCCUCCUUCCCAGUUAUACCUUCCCAGACAUUCCUUUCUCCUCAAGCACAAUAAACUUCCACCUGCAUAAAAUAUUCAAACCUUCCCGCUUCCGCAGGCUCGUGGCCACUCGCCACAGAACCUGUUACGUAAUCAUUCAUGAAUGUUCAUAUACAAAGUUUUCCUGCUCUACGAUGUACCACAGGAAAAUACAAAUAUUGGGAGAAUGGCCUCCACUCAGUGAUUCAGUUCGCCUGUAAGCCUUCAUCUUUUCCUGAAGCUUGAUAGGAAGUGGUGCUGGGCCGUCUAUCCACCUAAUUUCCAGUCUGUGGGUGGGGCAGUGAUUGGUAGAUUGUUCCAACUGUCGGUGGCCCUUUGGCUAAAGAAAGGAUUUCCUCCAUCCAUUCUGGAAAAAAGUUUGGUAAUUCUUUUUUAUCUGAUGCAGUCUGUGAAAGUUGACUUUGCUUCUUAAUUGCGUUUUUUUGGUUAUAGUUUCCUACAUCCAGUCUGGAAGCAGUUUUGGGAAUUUCAUAAAAUGCAGUCAGUGAAAGUUGGCAUAGCUUCUUGAUGACCAUAUGGCAUUAGAAUUGGUUUGCUAUAUCCAUGGAAAGAAUUUUUGGAAAUUUCAUUUGGUGUCGUCUCUAAAAUUUGACAUUGCACUUCACUACUAGGGGUCAUGCAUUGUAUUGUAAUGAUAGAUAGGGGAUUAUAAACCAUUGUGGGAUAUAAAGUGUACUCCCUCAGGACAAGCCUAUGUUGAGGUCCUAACUUAUUAGAUCUAUCUAUCAUUGUCGGUGCCUCGCCUGAUCACUCAGAGUUCAUGGUUAUAUGAUGGAUACAUUAUGCAAGCAAACAUUUGGUUCUAAUCAAUAAAUCAAAAUGCAGUGUUCCUUGAAGUUCAUAUGAACACAGUUGCAUUAAUGUACAGAAAAGGGUCUAUUUAUGUGCAAAAUUGUAAUAUAUUCCAUUUGCUCAUUCAAAAAGAACCCCCCCCCCC